ACCCUCGAGCCUUGACCUACGGAAAUGGUUUUCUGCUAGACUCUGACCUGAACGUUAAUAACAUCCCUCCUCCCCUUCCUUGAUCCUACACUAGGUACACUAUAUCUGCCGCGAUGCGAACUUGCCAGGCCACUGGAACCACAAUUCCACUGCCGCUUUGACUUUCAACAUCCACGAACCACGAUUCUACGCCGAACAUAGUGGAACCGGGGGAGAGACCAUUUCAUUUUCCCACGUGCUGCUCCCCAUACAACCACCAAACCUACCCCCCUUAGACAUCUUAGCCUAGGAACCACGACUGACACACGAUUCACGACGAACACGACCGCGAAGGACGACGAACGUCAAGAUCCAGUAGACGGGGGCAUCAUGCCGUACUCGGAGAGCGCGCAGGCCGCGCUGGUCCAAUGGGCCAAUACAUUUCCCCUCGACAAGAAAGCCGACUCAAUAUCAGAUUUCCUCGAUGGCCACCUUCUGUCACAGGUCCUCCAGCGCCUGGAUCCCACCUUCGACUCCAACCCUACUGAGGGCGAGCUUUACGACGUCUACAGGGGCAUCAUCAAGUUAGUCUACCGCGAGUGCCCUGGCCUCGUCGGGCAGGCCAAGCUCGCCGACAUUCGUCCUAGCGCGAGAGAAGCACGCCCCGAAGCCAUCAGCAAGCUUCUCGCCGUGUUGUUCGCCGUUGCGAUGUUAGGCAGCAGUAACGAACGAUACGUUAUGCGCAUCACCGAAGAUAUUAAAGACAUGACGAUUCUCAUGCAGCUACAAAGGGUCACUCAGGACAUGAAGGCGGUGAUGGAGGAGGCUGAGGCCCAGGACCCGGAGGAGGCCUCGGAGGUUGGUCACGAAAGCCAAAAUGCAGACCUUGCCAUGGAAGCCGACAACAUCCGCCUCCGGUCCGACCUGGACAAAAAGGGAAAACUUCUUGCAGACAUGGAAACGCGCUUGGGCCACCUUCAGGAAAGCUACGACGACUUGAAGGAGGAGGUGGUACGGAAGGGCAGGGAGCUAGAGGCGUUUCACAGUGCUCAGGACGGUGCCGGCAAGGAGGUUAUCAGGUCGCUGGAGCUCAAACUGCGUGAGCAGGACGAGCUCAUUGCCAACCAAGAGGCACAGGCCGAGGACGAUCGCAUUACCAAGGAGCGACUGAUGAGCGAGGUCUCGGCGCUCAAGGUCAAGGCCCAGAAGCUUGAGACCCUUGACGACGAGGUGAAGGAGUUGCGUUUCAAGAACGAGGAGCUUUCUCGCAAGGCCAACAUGGUGGAGCGGUACAAGCAGAAGCUCGAGGCGCAGUCCACAUUAUCCAAGGAGAUGGACAAUCUGCUGUAUGAGAAGGAGCAGAUGCAGCGCGACCUCAUCGAAUACGAGAAGGUUCUCAAGAGGAACCAGGCGUUGGAGCAAACCAAUGAACAGUAUGCCUCCAAGCUCCGAGAUUAUGAGCUGCAGUACGUUGAGCUGGAUGCUCAGAGGAGAGCUCUUCACGAUGACGCUCAGCAGUUGAGAGAUCGUCUGGCCACUCUCGACGCUCAGCGACUCUCUGAUGAACGAUGGAUUGCCGAGUUGCAGGAGCAGAUCAACUCCGGACCACAAGUCGCUUUGUCACCCGAUGCGGGGACCGCAGGCUUCAGUCUUGAGGAGGAGCUUGAGGGUGCUGGCAACAGUGUCGCUCCUAACCCGGCACUCGAAAUCUCGCGUCUAAAGGCCGAGAACAACCUGCUUCGUAGCGGUAUGGGCUCCGCUUCAGAGAAUGCCCGGCUUCGACAAGAGCUUGAGGAGGAGCGUAGACAACGAGAGCGUAUCCAGGGAACUUACAACGACACCUUCGAGAAGCACCAGCUUGCGGAGGCCCAAAUCAGCGCUCUGAUUGAAAGCAGCGGCGAAAACCAAGUGCUUGCCAACCUGAGAAUCCAGAUCGCCCAGAAGACGCAGGAACUUGAAAGCGAAAAGAGACGACUCAAGGAGGUUCGGGCGCAACUGGCAGACAAGGAUCGCGAGCUCCUUAGCGCGAGAACUGACCUCUCCGCCGUUGCGAAGGACAGCGUCGAAGCCCUCGAGGAACUCAAGUCCACUGACCAGCUCAUCUCAGCAUCCAUCCGAGAGGAACUUGAGGCGACGCGCCAGCAGCUCAAGAACCUUACAACUGACCUUGAAGAGCAGCGCACCUCAUUCAUUAACGCCCUGCUUGAGAAGGACAAGUUGCGUAAGGACCUGGACGAGGCCAGGGAGGCACGGCAAGACGGCGCCGAGCCUGUUGAGGUCGUCCAGAAGCUCCAGGACAAGGUUGAGAAGCUCCGCGCCAGACUCAAGGAGCGCACAUCGGUGAGUAAACCCCGCAAGUCUUUUACUUCAGAAAAGCCCGAAGUCCUCGCAGCCAAGAUGCCCGUUGUUCCUAUGGGGGCCAUCUUGUACGACAGUAACCCGAGGUUUCGGACAAAAGUCCCCUCAUAUCAUUCCCACGUCGUCGACCUCCCUGUCCAGUCGGGGGGUUCAAAAGAACCUCCAAAAAGAUGGUGGAAUAGGGUGUUUAGGCAGCCGGGAGUGCCUUCUUCAUCUUCUAGGCAUUGAUCCAAUGUUUUAGUCGACCUCUUAAUGAUGCGUACGAUAUUCUGCGGAUAUGACUGACGGUUAUUUCUUUCUAGCAAUUGGAGAAGUCGGAGCAAGACAAAUACGACUUACAGCGGAAGCUCAAGGCUGCCGAGGGCGGAGAGGCUGCCGCAGCGCAAAAGGUACGUUCCCAACCUGUUGAGACAUCAAUGAUACAUGAGACUUUUAUUCAUUUUCCUUUGGUUAUCGUCGUGGUGUCGUGAGCUUGG